CAUGCGCGCAGCAAGGACAACAGCCACAGAAACAUGAGUGCGCACAACUGGUGGUGGCAAUGACAGACGACGAGCUAUGCGCCUCAUAGUCUAACCAGUCCACGUUUUAACUGUUGUUUUUUUUAAAUGUAUGUUUUUAAAUGUAUAACCGGCUAAGCUAGCUAGCGGGUAAUUGUGUUAGUGGACUUGCUAGCUUGUGUUGAUAGCGCCUGUUACUGACAAGAGGAGGGUCUGCAUUGUUGAGGUACCUGCGAAGUUGAGAGCUGCUGCCUGUCAUAUAAGCUGCAGCAAUGGUGUUUAUGCAGAGCUACUGCGAAGCCAAUUCGUCCAUCUCCCACACAUGGGUGGAUGAAGGCAUCUCCCCCUGCUUCUACUUCACACUGGUCCCCGCCAUCCUGCUCACCAUCUCCUUCUUCCUCGGCACCGUCCACUGUAUAUUCUACCAGAAAUAUGGCACAGCAAUGGAACCCAAGUUCAUCCCACGCUCCCGCCUCUACGGUUUCCAGCAGGCCAUCUCCGUCCUUCUCCUGGUCCAGUAUCUGAGUGGGAUGGUGUGGCGGGCUGCCAGCGGAGGAGAGCUCCCAGGAUAUGUGGUGUUGUAUGGCUGCUUCUCUGCAAUGGGCUGGGCUUGGGCUAUAGCUCUGCUCAGGGUGGAGAGACGUAGGGUCCUGGUGAUGGACCGGACGAGGGGCCACAGCGCAGCUCUGUUGCUGUUCUGGGCCGUGGCUUUCUCAGCUGAGAACUUGGCCUUCGUCUCCUGGUACAGUCCUCACUGGUGGUGGGGCCUGGAGAACACUCAACAGCAGGUACAGUUUGCUCUGUGGCUGAUGCGCUACAUUGGCACUGGGCUGCUCUUCUUCAUCGGUCUCAAAGCUCCAGGGCUGCCGAGGAGACCAUACAUGCUACUGAUAAACGAAGAUGAGCGGGACGUGGAGAACAGCGGACAGAGCCUUUUAGGGAGAACAGAAGAGAACGAGUCUACCUGGCAGGGUUUCAGGAAGAAAGUCCGCCUGCUCAUACCCUACAUGUGGCCCCGAGGCAACAUCUUCCUCCAGCUACUGGUCAUCUUCUGUUUGGGGCUGCUUGGACUCGAGAGAGCUAUUAAUGUCUUUGUACCCAUUUACUACAAGAACAUUGUAAAUGAACUGACUGAUGGCAGCAGCUGGCGCACUCUGGCGACGACAGUGUGUAUUUAUGUCCUGCUCAAGUUUAUGCAGGGCGGCGGCGCAGGUGCCUCAGGGUUUGUCAGUAACCUGCGGUCUUUCUUGUGGAUCCGGGUGCAGCAGUACACCAACCGUGUGGUCCAAGUGCGCCUCUUUUCCCACUUGCACUCCCUCUCCCUGCGCUGGCACCUGGGCCGCAAAACCGGUGAUGUGCUGAGAAGCAUCGACCGCGGCACCACCUCCAUUAACAGCCUGCUCAGCUACAUAGUGUUCAGCAUCUUCCCAACCAUUGCUGACAUUGUCAUCUCUAUCGUCUACUUCAUCACUAACUUCAAUGCCUGGUUCGGCCUCAUUGUCUUUGUCUGCAUGGCCCUGUACCUCACUCUGACCAUCAUCAUCACUGAAUGGAGAACCAAGUACAGACGAGACAUGAAUCAGCAGGACAACAAUGCCAAGUCCAAAGCUGUGGACUCUUUGUUAAACUUUGAGACGGUAAAAUACUACAAUGCGGAGAACUAUGAGGUGAGCCGUUUUGAGGAUGCCAUCUUAAAGUAUCAGGAGUCUGAGUGGAAGACCCAGGCGUCCCUGGCCUUCCUCAACCAAACACAGAACCUCAUCAUCGGAUCGGGGCUACUGGCUGGCUCCUUGCUCUGUGCCUACUUUGUGACUGAAAGGAGGUUUCAGGUUGGAGAUUUUGUUCUCUUUGGCACCUACAUCAUCCAGCUGUACACCCCCCUCAACUGGUUUGGAACGUAUUACAGAAUGAUCCAGAAUUCUUUCAUUGACAUGGAAAGCAUGUUCAAACUUUUUGAAGAAGAGCUAGAGGUGAAAGAUGAAUUAAAUGCAGGGAAUUUACACUUCAAACAGGGAAAAGUGGUGUUUGAGAACGUGUACUUCAGCUACACGGAUGGGAAGGAGAUUCUAAAGGAUGUUUCCUUCACUGUACAUCCAGGACAGACAGUUGCCCUGGUGGGAGCAUCGGGUUCUGGGAAGAGCACCAUCAUUCGACUCAUCUUCCGUUUCUACGACAUUCAGGGAGGCUGCAUUAGCAUCGAUGGCCAGGACAUAUCAAAGGUGAAGCAGACAUCUCUGCGAGCUCAUAUUGGUGUGGUUCCCCAGGAUACUGUGCUUUUCAACGACACCAUUCAAAAUAACAUCCGCUAUGGCCGCAUCUCUGCUAGUGACCAGGAGGUGGAGGAGGCCGCCAUAGCCGCUGAUAUCCAUGAUAAAAUCAUGACCUUCCCCGAAGGUUAUGAUACGCAGGUGGGUGAAAGAGGUCUGAAGCUGAGUGGAGGAGAGAAGCAAAGGGUGGCUAUCGCGAGAACUAUCCUCAAAGCACCGCAGAUCAUCCUGCUGGAUGAGGCCACAUCUGCACUAGACACACAGACAGAGCGCAACAUCCAGGCCUCAUUGACGAAGGUCUGUGCCAAUCGUACAACAGUUGUUGUAGCUCACAGAUUAUCCACCAUAAUCGGAGCAGACCAGAUUCUGGUUGUCAGUGAGGGCCGGAUUGCAGAGCGAGGACAACAUGAUGAAUUGCUGCUCAAGGGAGGCUUAUAUGCAGACAUGUGGAUGAAGCAACAGCAAGCCCAGGACUCAGAUUCCUCCUCAGAGUCAGAAUCCAAAGACCGCAAGUCUGAGAAACUGCAGCCGCCGUCAACCUCUUCAGGGCACCACGGCCGCUGAAUGUAUUUUUUCUGCUUUGUUUUAAUAGAGAACUAUACAUUUUCAUUCCCCUUGUGAUUGUAAAAAGUUGAUAGAUCACUUUAAAAUGAAAGAACACUCAGCAAGAUGAAAAUGUUAUUUAUUUUUUGAGAAAUUUCAAACUGAAUGUACGAUGGCAAGUCACAGAGAAAAGGCAAGGUUCUAACAAAACGAGGAGGUAAAAGCACUCCGGUGGUGUUCAAACGUGUCAAAAGACAUUCGUUUUUAUACCCCAAGGUAUAAAAGGUAAGGUAAAAAAUCUUGUUGGAUUGAAGGGUUACUGAUUCUGUUGCUCACUAAAUAAUAUCAUAUGAAUGACAAUAGGUUGGUGUCAGGGAUUUUAUUCAGAUUUGCUUUAUUUGUGAAGUUUUAGAUUUCUGAGCUUUGCUGUCAUUUAAAGUGAUUUUUUUUCUAUAUAAAUAUUUAAGUCUGCAUAUUUUUUAUCACUCGGGUAUGUCCGUCUCAUCUGUUCAUUGUGCUUUCUAAAUUGCUGUCAAAUUAAUGAAUACACAAAAAGUUAAGGUAAAGUUGGCCAAUCGUGAAUUCAAAAAAAAAAAAAACUUUCCGACUGGCUGAUUUACAUGUAAAGUCGUACAGUCUGUGUUUGCCUGUCGCUGGCAGUCAAAUACAAUAGACUUUGUCGUGGCAGACAUUUUGACCUGCUACAUGGAUGUAAUUGAAUCAAGUUUUAAUGAGAUCUGUGCUUUUGUUGCUUUCAAAGUCAAAAUAUUUGCCAUGAAAGAGAUAUAAGUGGGUAAUUGCUAGUUUUUUUUUUCGCUUAAUGCAAUAUAUAAGUAGACAUACAGACUUUCUGAUUAAGAAAACGCCUAUCAUUUGGAUGUCUGACAUCUACCUCAUAAAAAGGUAUUGUUCAUGAUUUGUAUAGUCUAUAAAUAUUCUCUUUUGUCUUGUAUUUAUGGAAAUAAAAGUUUUUUU